AUGUUUUACUUAAAAAAAAUAUACAUUUAUUAUCUAAUUAAAGUUUAUUUUAUACAAAUAAUAUUAUCAUCUUCAAUAGUUACCAUCAAUGAUGAGAUAGAUUCAAGUGUGAUUGAUGAUGAUGAAUCAUCAGGAGAACAAAAUAUUCCAUUAAAAUCAGUAUUAAAAAAUAUUAAAGAUGAAGAAAGUUCUGGAGGAAGUUCUUCAGCAGGAUUUGUUUCAUUAAGAUCAGUUCCAUUACCUAUUGCUAUGGAUGAAAUGUUAAAUGCUGGUAGGCAUGUUUAUGAUAAAUACUCUACACCAACACAAGGAAAUGAUCCAACUCAAGUAAAUUUAACAAUGUACAUUGAAGGAUUGUCUGGUUUCAGGACACAAACAAUGGAUUUUCAAUUAGAUGUUUAUUUACAACAAUACUGGAAAGAUAAAAGAUUAUCACACAAUGAAAGUUCAAGAAUAUUGGUAAGAGAUAAAAAAAUUCUUGAUAAAAUAUGGCAUCCUGAUUGUUAUUUUGCAAAUUCAAGAAUUGCAGAAUUUCAUACUGUUACACAACCUAAUUUUUUAUUAUGGAUUGAGAGAGAUGGUCGUAUAUUAUAUGAUACUAGAAUUUCAAUGAUUGUUAUGUGUAUGAUGAACUUAAGUAAAUGGCCAUUAGAUUCUCAAAGAUGUUCACUUAGAAUAUUGUCAUAUGCAUAUAAUAAUAAAGAAAUGAAUAUUGCGUGGGAUGUUAAUGAACCGAUAACUAGAAAUAUGGAUAUUGUAAUGGCUGAUAUGAGAAUUGUUGACAUUUCUCCAGGGCAUUGUAAUGGAGAAUUUCCUACUGGAACUUGGAGUUGUGUAACGGCUGAAUUUUAUGUAAUACGUGAAAAAAUGCACCAUGUAAUGCAAUUUUUUGUACCAUCAAUAUUAAUUGUUGUUAUAAGUUGGUUCUCAUUUUGGUUAGAUAUUGAAUCUGUUGCAGCACGUAUUAGUUUAUCAAUAACAACAUUACUAACAUUAUCAACACAGGCAAAUGCUGCUAGAAUGGCGUUACCAGAAGUUAGUUAUUUAAAAGCAAUAGAUGUUUUUAUGGGAACUUGUAUAGUAUUUGUUUUUGCUGUAAUUAUUGAAUUUACAAUAGUCAAUUAUGCUCAAAGACAAGGUAAGUUUUUAUUUAUUAAUUUUGUUAGAUCUAAUCUAAAUGAAGCUACUCAAGGGACAACAGGGGAAGGAAAUGAAAAAUCUAAGCGGAAAAGAAAAAAAUCUUCUAAAAAUAACAAUAAUGACUUAUCACAAAGGGCAAAAAAUUUUUUGCAUAAAACAUUAGCUAAUUUUAAUUUUGGUAAUGAUAAACAAAAGGGGUACUGUGAUGAUUCAAUUCCAGCUGACACAAUUGGUCCAAUGGAAGCAUGCUAUCUCCUUUUGGAUACAUUAACAGGGACUGUUUCUGUUAAUCCACCAUCUUCCACUAACUCUGAUUCUAUUAAAUCACCAAAUGAAAUUUUCAAUGAAUCAGAUAACUCACGCCUCACAAUGCUUCAUCCUGCUUUUCAUUCUGUUACUUUUGAAAUGCCUAAUUUUCAGGAACACUCAUUUUCUCAUUGUCCACAAUAUGGUCCAUCUUCUGUAACUUCAAGUCAACAUCACUCUCCACACUCAGCAUUACUAUCUCAUCAAUAUACUCAAGGAACAUCAACAAAUACCUGUUGUGAAAAUAUUCACCAUCCUACAAAUCAAUCACCAUCUUCAUUAUGUGAUUGGAGACUUAGGGAUGCUGAAAGAUUAGCUAACUGGUCAAAAGUUGAUAAUAUUAAUAAUGAAAAUGAUAAUAAAAAUAAACUUAAAAAAAGAUCUAUUACCAGUAAUAUUAAAGCAUUUACAGAAUAUAUAUCUGACAAUACAUCAGUUAACACUGAUGAAAGAAAUCCUCAUCCUUCACAUGAUAAUAACAUAAAAUCAAAAUUAAAUUUUCAAGAUAAAUGGGCAUCUGCCUUUAGACAUAUACAAAAUAAAAAGAAGAUUGCAGCUCGAAAUAAUGCAAGAAAAAUAGAUCAAAAAUCACGGUGGAUGUUUCCAUUGUCCUUUUUAAUUUUUAACAUAUCAUUUUGGAUAUAUUAUCUUUAUAUUGUUUAA